CCUUCCCAAAAAGCGUUUUUAACCCCGGCAGACCAAUUAUAUAACCGCAUUAUACAAUAAAUGGAUCGCCAUUAAAGCAAAUGCAGUGACACGGACAGUUUCUGCACAAGCCGAGUGGGAGAAAUUGACUUCCUGCACGAUGCGCGUCGUCCUUCUGAGCAGAUCUCCAUCUGCCUCUGCAGGCUGAGCUGGCUCUCGUCUUCUUUCUCCUCCUCUUUCCCUUCCUCCUCCUCCUCUUCCUUUUAGCUUCAGCAGAGCCCAGGGAAAAGAGUGGGUUGACACUGUCUGCUUUAAGACUCGCCCCAUUGUUGCGUAGUUUGCAAGGGAGAGAAAAAAAAACAACAGUCUACUCUCCCUACGUGCUUCGAUCUAGUCUGAUUGGAGCAAUCCAGACGGGUGAUUUUCCUCUGAAUUCUACUGCAGUUCUGUUGGGAACUAUGGUUCUGCAGAGAAUGAUCCGUGCUGUCAUCAUGGGACCUCCGGGAUCGGGGAAGGGAACGAUGUCUGCGCGCAUUAUCAAAAGUUUUGGACUGCAACACAUGUCUAGUGGGGACAUUUUAAGAGCCAACAUCCAGGAUAAAACGGAGCUCGGCCUGUUGAUGAAGUCCUGCAUCGAUCAGGGACAGCUGGUACCUGACGACAUCAUUUCCCGUCUCAUCCUGAAUGACCUGAGGAAGAUAGACAGCAGCGGCUGGCUGCUUGACGGAUUUCCUCGGACUGUGUCCCAGGCAGAGGCUCUCGAUCAUGCCUUCGCUUUAGAUACGGUCAUCAACCUGAAUGUCCCUUUCCAGACCAUCAAAGAAAGGCUGACCUCUCGUUGGACUCACAUCCCCAGUGGCAGAGUCUAUAAUACAGAUUUCAACCCACCAAAAGUUCCUGGUUUGGAUGAUGUGACAGGAGAGCCUCUGGUUCAGAGAGAUGACGACAGACCAGAGACGGUCACACGGAGACUGAAGUCCUAUGAAACCCAGACAGAACCCGUCCUGGAGUUCUACAGGAGUAAAGGUGUGCUGGAGACCUUUACGGGAACAGAAACCAAUAAGAUAUGGCCGCACGUUGAAGCUUUUCUCCACAGAAAAUUCUCCUCCCUCAGUCAAAGAGCUGCUUAGCCUCAGCAAAAUCCAAGAACGGCUGAAGUUUACUGAUGGGAAAACCACACUGUGCACCGUCCAAUCAAAAAUGCAUCAUGUAAAUAGUAGUCGAGCAUAGAGGAAUUAUGUUUCAUUGAAAGUAAAGCCCUUAAAUUAGCAAAUGAAGAUCUAGCUCUUUUACUAAAAACAGAAUAAGACUAUUACCUAUGUUAGAAAAAAAAAUAUUUUAAAAAAAAUGUUCUUAAAACCUCUGUGUUGUUGAAAUAAUUUGGGGAGAACUCAGAUGAGUGUGUGCCUCAAAUCUUUUUAACCAUUUGCUGUUAGUGUGUCCACUCUGUGCCUUUAUGUAGUCAGAAGUUAACAGCUGACUCAAACUUGAAGUUUUGCAGGAGCACAACAUGAAGGGGUUACAUUCCACAAGAUGCUGCAGGAGGAACUGCUUUGGCACGAACAAAACCAGGUAUAAUUCUUCUAAAUGUAAUCCCAACACACACAACCUGUUGGCAUGAGCUAAACAUCAUCAGCAGCUUUUUUAAAAAUCAUAAAUCCUGGAAAGGAGGCUAUUUUGUUGUAGUGUAACAAGUGUGCAUCUCAGUAUAAUGUGGCCCAUUUCUUCUGCAGUGGCUGUUUCCUUUAAGCAGAACAUGCUGUUGGGUUUGAUUCUCAUAUAUGUGCCUUUUGCUGCUGUCCAGCUUGAUAAAGGCAGGAUUUUUAAACACUUUGUUUUCCUCUAAUCAUGGACCAAUUUAAAUAAUUUAUAAAUGGACAUUUAUAAUAAUGGAUAUUUUUUCAUUCUUACAAGAAUUGCUUAACAGCUACUUUCAACCACCUCAGGUCUUACAAGUGAUGCCUCUGAAACACUCCAUUCUUAUACAUUUCAUCAUCCAUUCCUCGUUGUGACUAUAUUCCCUGUGAGCGAUAAUUGGCAUUUAUUUAGUCUGACCUGACAGCAGAAAAAUAGAUGAACACAUACAUGGACACAUGUUAUACAGGGUCAAAUGUUGUUGAAAGGUAUGAGCUUGCAGGUUUUGCACAUUGUUCUGAAUGUUUACCCUGUGAAAAAGCCUUAAUAAUGCUUCUGUGCAGUGUACUGUAUGUGGUCAUUCUGGUUUUUUAAACACUUCCAUGCAUUGUUGAAAUGCAACAACCAUCUUUUCAUGUACAACUCAGAUAUUUAUGAAUCACAAUAAAUGUCUUGUACUGUA